AUGGGAAACAGAUGCUGUGCUCCCGAUGAGUCUCGUGCGGAGGUCGUGCACAUCCAAGCCCAGGAUGACGAGCGCUUGGCCAAAGAGGUGAAAGCGGAAGAGAAAUUGGCGAGUGCUGAGGCCGCUGAGGCUGCUGAGGCGACUGCAAAAGAAGGGACACUCGAGUCAGCAGAGCCACCACCAAAGCCACAGGGCCUCAAGAUCACUUUCCUCAAUGAGAAAGAUGAGGCUGUCGAUGUUGUCUUUGAGACGAAGCCUUUGGGAUUCAAAGUUGCAUCGGACAAGAAUCCGCUGACUGUGACGGCCAUCACGGGUGGUUGCGUCAAGGAGAAGGGUCUUGACGUGAAGGUUGGCUGGAAGAUCACAGCGAUCGACGGCAGCAACGUGCUCGACAUGGCUGCUCAGGAAGCCAUGGACAAGUUCGUGGCCUCUGUCAAGGAAAGCUUGCCAGGCUUCAGGAUCACUUUCCUCAACGAGAGAAACGAAGCUGUCGAUGUUGUCUUUGAGACGAAGCCUUUGGGAUUCAAACUCGCAUCGGACAAGAAGCCGCUGACUGUGACGGCCAUCACGGGUGGUUGCGUCAAGGAGAAGGGUCUUGACGUGAAGGUUGGCUGGAAGGUCACAGCGGUCGACGGCCACAAUGUGCUUGACAUGGCCCCGCAGGCAGCGCUGGACAAGUUCUUGUCUUCUCUAAAGACGUCCUUGCCAUAA